UGUGACUAGAAGUAACCUACUGUUGUCCUGUACCUUGACGCCAUUGCAAGUCGUCCGCAUUCCAAAAAUGAACUGCAGUUUUCAUUAUACAGACGCUUGUGAGCUGCACGUUCCGAUUCCUGACAAAACUGAAACAGAUUUUGUAAUCUACUUUAGUCCUCAUGUCGGAGAACAACGAAGCGUUGUCAGAUGUGAAUGGUCAGAUCAUUAUAGCUGCGACAGUGAGCCUGGGUUCCUUGUCAAUUUUCAAAAUGCUCAAAAAGCUGUAAUUACACUUCCUUCAAGCUUUGAAGAGGAAUCUGGGAAAUUCAAAUGGCACGUUCUAGGAAGUGCUUACAGUAACUCAGGAGGUUGCUCCUGGAAUCCCAAAGAAACUUGCUUUCCUGUUGACAAGUAUGAAGAAGUUUCAAGUACAAGACUGAUGAGAUUUGAAACAUCUCUAAAACCUGAAUAUUCUGAAUACGGAGAUAACAAUCAUGCAACAAUUAUUGGCGCUGCUGCUGGGGCCGCUGUACUUAUCUGUCUGAUCCUGAUCUUGCUGACUGGCAUUCUACUUUGGAAGAAAUGCAAGUCUAAAGGUCGUGACCGUCCUAAUCAACCCAAAAUGGAUGAACCAAGCUGUACAAUCACUGAACACCGAGAAAACAACUCUUCUGACAUAAAAGAUGGGGAAAAACUGGAUAGUCUAUUACCACAGAAUCCUUCAGUGUCCUCGUUAGAGAGUUUGCAGAGUGCAAAAUCAUACACUCCACUCCUAAAACACUACUCUCGUACAGAAACCUCAUGCAGUCUUCCUGAGAUCUCACGCUAACCUUUUUGUGAUUUGUAUUUAAAUACACACACUCAAUUUAACUGUCGAGUGUCAAUUUAUGACAUUGCGACGGUAUUCUUGACUAUCAGAUUAUCGUCGUCUUUGUUGUUUGUAAAUAUGCUGUAAAGGGGAUGUGUUUUUAGUAAUUCCCAAGAAACAAGAAAACUCCUGAAACAAAUGACAGAAGAGAUCUCGUAUGUAAUUACAUGUGAUUUUUGUAAACAUUUAAUUCUGUCAAAUUGCAGUCUUCAAUUUUAGAAAGGAUAUUGAGAAUCAGCCGCUUCUUUUACUAUUCACUUUUUAUAUUUACCCGUUGAUCUGAGUUAAGACGUUUUUGUGUCUUAUGGGGAUACGUCCGCCUGUUACUUUAUUUGCCACAUUCCUAGAUUGAUUUAUGUGUUUUCACCAAUUUUCUUCUCUUUGUGAGUCAUUUUAUUUCUACUGCCUCAUCUUAGAAGUUUUCAUUAAUUGCACCCAAAAGCAUUAAUGAUGAGCUUCGAGCGCUGUAAAAGUCGGUUCUGAUAUAUCUAACAUUGUACAUCUCCAGAAAGCUAGGUUUGCAAUGACGGUUAGCGUGAUGCUCUAACAAGAUUUGUGUUGAUGGAACGAGAUUUAUAUCUGAGAAAUUUAGGCCACUACAUACAAGAUUAUGAGCAGAGCUUUAAUAAAAGCGUCAUAUCAACUUACAAAUAGUUUUAAAAUCAGAACUGUAUUAACUUAUUGAAGAUUCCAUGAAGUGGCGAGGCUGCAGACAGCAUCUAUGUUGAUGGUAUCCACUUUCUUCAAACAUGAAUAGCUGCACGGACAGACAUUGCAAUAACCCUUUGCCUUUAGAACAGCUUACAUUAUUACAAUUAGCUCUAAAAACACAUGGACACCUUGAAGAGCAUUUCUCAGUCUCAAAAACUAUUGUAGUCUAGUGAUGUUAUCAAAAUGUGCUGAUCACCAGUAUAAGCAGUAAGCCUCUGGUCCUACCUCGUAUGGUUGUUACCACUGGUUUGAUCGAAUUAAUGACUAUUUCUAGCAAUUAUAACAGAAGGCAUUUUAACAAUAUUUUAGGUCAUAUUACAGGAUGAUGACUGAAAUUCUCGAAAAACUGAAAAUGGCAGCUACACCUCCUAUAGAAUGCAAGGCUUGAGAACAAAUUUCAGAAUCGAAAAUGGCUAUCAUUCGAUGGCAAAAAAGCUAACAUAGUCUUUCUUACCUGGUUAUAGAUUGUUAACAUCGUAGGUUAUCGUUUUAUAUAUCGUUAAAAAGUAGCCAAAGUCAGUACAUAAAAACGAGAACAGAUCGUAGGAUAAGAUAGCAUAAUCGUAAAAUUUAAACAGAACAUUAUAGAUUGUUAUUCAUUGCUUGUGCUGUCAUUUCUUACAAUAGGCAUCUUCCACUAAUGGCUUUUGUCUCCUGUUUUUCCUUUUAUCAUUUCGUUUUGAAACUUCUUGUUUUUGAGACCAGCAUCCAUUAUUAAUAUGUUUGUACGUUUUUAAUUUUAGUGAAGUGCUUUGAGAGUGCUUUUUAUGGUGCGAAAAGCACUAUGCAAAUCAUUUUAAUUAUUCUUGUUGUUAAUUACAGUUAAGCGCUUUGACCAUGUUUAUGGUGGAGAAUGUCAUAUGCAAAUCAUUUUAAUCACUGAUGUUAAUGACAAUGAAGCGCUUUGACCAUGUUUAUGGUGGGGAAUGCGCUAAGCAAAUCCUUUUAAUGAUUUUUUUUUAGUUAAUGACAAUGAAGCGCUUUGACCAUGUUUAUGGUGGGGAAUGCGCUAAGCAAAUCCUUUUAAUGAUUUUUUUAAUUAAUGACAAUGAAGCGCUUUGACCAUCUUUAUGGUGGGGAAUGCGCUAAGCAAAUCCUUUUAAUGAUUUUUUUUUUAGUUAAUGACAAUGAAGCGCUUUGACCAUGUUUAUGGUGGGGAAUGCGCUAAGCAAAUACUUUUAAUGAUUUUUUUAGUUAAUGACAAUGAAGCGCUUUGACCAUGUUUAUGGUGGGGAAUGCGCUAAGCAAAUCCUUUUAAUGAUUUUUUUUAGUUAAUGACAAUAAAGCCCUUUGACUAUGUUUAUGGUGUGGAAUGCAGUGGUGUCGAAUGCACUAUACAAAUCCUUUUAAUUUUUAAUUUUUUUCUUUGUUUAUGACAAUGAAGUGUUUGGCCAUGUUUGUGGCGGGGAAUGCAGUAUGCAAAUCCACUUUGUUAUUUUUGUUAAUAAGACUACGUGUAUUGUGUAAAAUGUGCUCUGCAUAUAAAAAAAAUUUAUAUUGUUAAUGACAAGUAACCACUUUGAACCUGCUUUUUACGGUGGGAAAUUUUUUUUUACAAAUUAUUAUUAUCAUUAUUAUGAUUAUGAAUAUGAAGAUUGAAAUGGAUAAAGAUUGA